AUGCAAUAAAAUAGUUAUAGGGUGAAUGCAGGAAUUGGUGCCACUUACAAUACUAAUGUGGCGACUUCUUAAGUUUUGAAAUAGAUUGCACAAAAUAAAGAAUAGACAUAGUAAAAUAAAUAAGCGUAGGAUUAAGAAUUAACAAUGAUAGCAUAAUAGACAGAUCAUCUAAGAAAAAGAAUCUCAAAUAUUUUCAAUUUACCAAUUAAACUUAAAAAAACAUAAAGUAAUUAGCAAUACUUAAAAUAGACUUUAUGAUUGAAGAUAUUGGAUUAAAGGUGGAUUACCUCUUCAAAAAAUCUCAUCUAAAUUAAAGUAAUGUUGAUUAUAUGAGUGAUCAUAUCAAAAGGUUAGGAGAUAGGAUUAAUUAGGAAAUGAAAAAAAAAUAAGAGCAAUAUCAUUCUAGCAUUAAAAUUGAUAAUUUUAAAAAUUUUUCAUAAAUUUAACAAGAGUUCUAAAAAAAUAAAUAAGUAAAAUACUUCAAAUAAAUAAAUUAGUUAUAUAGUUCAUUUUAUAAAUCAGAAUUAAAGACAGUCAUAAGAUAGAAGGAAAGAUUAAUAGAUAUCCUAACAUCUUCAAAUAGAACUGAAAAAUUAGUAUCACAUGAAAUUUAACUAAAUUAAUAUAAUGAAGCAAUUCUAGAGAAAUUAUUUGUCGAUAAUCAUUUAUAUUAAGUGCUGUUAAAUUUUAUCAAAAAUAAGAAUGAUUUAUCAAUAUUUGAAAAACUAUUUAGAACUUUGGAGGUUUUUGAAACAACCCAUAAUGUGGAGAUGAGAUUAUUAGCAGAUUAGUUUUAGAAUAUAUCUAAUACAUUAAAUUAAUAAUAAAAAUGGUAUAUAAAUUCAAUUAAAAAUAUAGUGAGAAGAUUAUUCGCAAUACAGUAUCCCAUUUAGAAAAUGAUAUGCUCAAAUAAGUUGGUCAUUUAGAUUUAUAGAAUUUAAAUAGAAAAUUUAAAGAAUUUUAUCUUCCUUAUUUAUAAACUACUGAAUUAUAUUAAAUAGGAUAGUUUUUUCCUAGUGGAAUCCUCUUUUUAUUAAUGAGAUGUGGAAAAAUUAAUGAAGCAUAAAAGAUUCUUUCUGGAUUGAUAUCAAGUGAUUAAAGAAUAGCUUAGUAAUUUAUAAGUUUUUUUGAUUUAUAAAAAUAAGAAAUUUUGAAUCAAAAUGAUGUUGAAGAGAAAUCAAGACAAUAAUGUUGUGAUAUAUUAUUACAAUAAUGUUAUUGGUUAUUAUUAGAUGUUAGUGAUGCUUAUGAUGUAUUUGAAUAAACAUAAUUUCAAAAAGAUAGAGACUUUUAUAUAUGGUUAACAUUAAAAACUACUCAUUGUUCUGAUGAAUUUGUAGUAUAUGAAAGAUCUGAUCAAGAAUCAAAAAAAGCUUUCUUUCAUUGGAAACUUAUAGAUCUUCAUGAAACUAUACCAUAAUCAUCAGUAAGUUUAAGAAUCAAUUUAAUUUUAUAAAGAUAUGAUUACAUUUUAAGUGAAUUAUAUAAAUACUAAAAUCAAUGUCUUUCAUAAGUAGAAUAUUUUAUAUUAGAUACAGUACUUACAGAAUUGAAUAUGAAAACAUAAAAAAAUAGUUUUGCUGAAAAAUAAAAAAAAUCUGUUAUAGAUAACCUUGUUAAUUACACAUAAAAUAAGCAUCCUCUUAUAUCUUGUUUAAUAAUGAGUGUUUGUUCCUAUAAUAUUGAAGCUAUUGCUAAUUUAUUAUAAAAGUCUAAUCAUGUUACAUAGGUUUUAAAUGAUAAAAAUGUUAGAGAGAAUUUAGAAAUUAUUUUUGGAAAAGAAGAAUUACUUAAUAUUACAAAUGAAAUGAUUAAUUUAUUUUUUGAAAAGAAUUUACAUAAUUCAUUAAAAGAAUUAUAAUAACAAUUAGAAAAAUCAUUUACAAUGAAUUAAAUUAAUGAUUGUCAUACAAUUUUAAUAUUGAAAUUAGAUGAAAUGAGUGUCUAUAUGAAGUAAUUAUUAAAUUCAAAUUCUGAAAUACUUUUAGAAACAGCAAUUUAUUUAUAUCAUGAAACAUAAUUAGUAUUUAUACUAAGUUGUUUAAUUGUCAAUUAAUACUGUAUUAUGAAAUUAGGAUCUUAAAUUGAAAAAAGACAAUUAUAAGCUAAAAAUCUAGAAAACUUACAUUCUAAAAUAAAGAGUUGUGCAAAAGAAUCUAAAUUAUUUAAAUAUUUUUAUAGAUUCUAAUUGAUUGAAAUAUUUUAAUAAGCCUAUUUGUCUAUGAGAUAAGAAUCAGUUAAUCUUAAUGAAAUAAAUCAAAUUCUAUAUAAUAUGAAUAUCAAAGAAUUAACAAAAAGUUUAAUUGAGAAUAAAUAGGUUCAUUUUAUUAAGAUAGUAUUUUGGUAGAUAUUAUUAUUGAUUGAAUAAAAAAAAUGUCAUGAUAAAUCUCAUUUAAUGUAAAAAUUAAUAUUUAUCUAUAGUGAAAAAAUAAAAGAAUUGAAUGAAACAUUGCUAAAAUUCCCAGAAAGUCAGGGAAUUAAGAUUUGCAGAGAAGAUGUUCAAUUUUCAUAAAUUAUUGUUGAUAUUUUGAAUUCUUAUUCAAAAGUGUUAAAGAUGUAUUGA